AGCGACGUCGGCGCAUAAAGGCUGCCCCACCAGCGACUCAUCUACCCGCCAUCACUCACCAGUACCAGUCAAAGCGCCGCGCGCGUCGCACGCAUGAGCACGAGUAUGUGCAAAUCGCAGUAGUGAAAGUCUCGCGCGCAGGUUCCGCUACGAUUUCGUUUGUCGACGUCUUCGUCUAGUUAUUCGGUUUGUUCGUUGCGCCAGUGCAACAGCGAAAGGAGGUCGCCCGCCUGUCCGCAACUCUUUUGGACGUUUUUUGUUUUGUUCAAUUACAACGAACUACACUUUCAUUUGCAAAUCAUAUUUUAGACAGUUUUAAUAUGAAGGAGCCGUAAUAAAUAUGCAAACUCCGUAAAGCGAGGAGAGUGAUAAAACUAUAGUUGCUGUGUUUGUGUGUGACGAUAACGAUGAGUGGUGAACCGACACUGACGGAGUCUCCGGUGCCGGUGGCUCUGGCCCGUCUGCAGGGUCGGCCUGGGCGCUACCAGCGUGGCUUGCGCAACCAUCGUCCCAGCCUUCAACUCGCCAGCUUACAGGAAGCCAUAGAUGAAAGUCCUCGACGAUUUAGUGACGAAACGUUUAUACCUGACACAGACGAUGAUGAAGCGUACAACGAUGGCCCAAUUGAGGAGACUCCGACUCGACCUGUCGUUAAUGGACGCAGAUCUUCGGACGCUACUUUUGCCGAAAGAUACAGACAAUUAUCCGACUUUGACGAGCCGCCGCCCGAGGUACCGCGCAGGGCUUCCCUCGCCGUGCCUGUCGCCAACGAGAGAUACAGUCACGCCGAUAAGGGGCGCCGGCGCUCGUGGGCCGCACGUUUGCAACUCGAACGUAAGAAAAGGCGAAAAUCUGGAGGAAACGACACUGACGACGAGAGCGAAACACCGACAUACGUUCGUCAAAAACGACUAUCGUGGUGGAACGUGUUUGUACCCGAUAACAUGCUGAAGAACAGGUCUAGGCGCGCUUCGCAGCAACUGUCGAGAAGCGCCGAGAGUAUCGACCAGUCCUUCAAGAGGUCGAAAAGUCGUUCAGUAGAUCAUGGAUUCUCCCCGCCAUUCGACUUGGAAUCUCUGCGGUCUAAAGUCGAAGGCAGAUUCGACGCAGUGCAUAGAGAUGAAGACGACCAAGCUAAGAGGCUACCGCCCCCACCUCCAAUCAAGACGAUGACAUACACGGUUCGCGACAGGGAUACGCUGACGUCACUGGCUGCGAGGUUCGACACGACCCCGUCUGAACUGACCAAGCUGAAUAGGCUCGCGACACAGUUCAUCUUUCCCGGACAGACUUUACUCGUACCGGACAAAAGAAAAGAUGGCGACAAGGAAUCGGAUGGUCCCUCCGAGAGCGGAGACAACACUUCGGAGUCCACGCAGGGUCCUGCCAGUGAACCUGCACAGGAAAAAGAGAUUUUGGACAGCCUCCGGCCCGUGUCUCCGGAAGCUCCCACGAGCAGCAGCGGCCCACAACGGUUCCUGAAGAUUAACGUGCGUCACAUCACUGAUGGACAGGGUGUUGUAUCGGGCGUGUUGCUGGUGACGCCGAACGCGGUGAUGUUCGACCCGAACGUGUCCGACACGCUGGUCAUGGAGCACGGGCCCGAGUCGUACGGCGUCAUCGCGCCGAUGGAGUACGUCGUCAACGCAGCGAUAUUCUACGACAUCGCGCACAUGCGCACGCACGGACCGGACCGCAACACGCACAAGGCUGAACAAGCUGAAAUAUAUUAUAUGAAUAAAGCAGAUCUUUCCCCUGGAAAGGAUUCUCUACUAGUCAAAGACGAAACGUUCCCAGAGCUGCAGGCGGCUGGUGCUGAAGGCGAGGAGCGUCCCGUGUCGCCCGACGCUGAGGAUCGUGGGGGUGCCGCCUUCCCCAAGGCCUUCGAGAGGGAACUCGUCACUCCCACCGCUUUACAGCAACAAACGACCGAGGAGAGACGAAAAUCUUUACUGGACCAUCACUGGGCCAUUCCGAGCAAAGACAGAAUGUCCAUCGAUCAGGGCAGUGAGGUGUCUUCGAGCGCCUCCCAGUGCAAGGAGGAGAGCCUGGAGGCUUCUCGUGAACGUGCCGACAGCUCGGAGGGCGGCGACGGCUCCGAGGACGCGCCCGCCGACGACGCCCACCACCUCGUCAAGCUCUCCUACCACGACUCCGGCAUCGACAUACGCGACCCGCUUCUUCACGUCACGCCCAACAACACUAAAAAGGAUCUAGACAACGAGGAUCAUUGUCACGAAAUAAAUACGAUAUACGAGUCCGCGGAGGACGUUUGUAUGUAUGACAACUGGCAUUGUGGAACGCCAUACGAGGACAGUUCGUUGAAAUGUUUCGUUGUGUUACACCCGGGAGCCGAUAGGAUGUCGAGCUCUUCGCACGAGGUGUACAGCGAUGCGGAUAUCGUACUGUCUGCGGACUGGGUGCCGCCGGUGUGCGUGUCGCGCGCCGAGCCGCCGCUGUCGGCGCCGCCGCUCGGGGAGAACGAGAGGGCGCCGCGGAAGUCUACCGUUUCUUUCUCGCUUGACGGACAACAGCAGAAGGACGACGCCGCUAAACCUGAUAAAAAGAAUAAGAUGCUGAAGAGGCUCUCCUACCCUCUGUCGUGGGUGGAGGGCCUGACUGGCGAGGUGGCGUCCGGCACGCAGGGCUCGCAAAGUGACUCUCUGCCCACUUCGGCCGACAGUCACAACUCAACAAGCGUCUUUUCGAAAGUAUUCAACAGGCGCAGUUCGUUGGGUGGGUUUGGGCGUUCUCAAGCCAAGACCUCAACGAGCUCGAUGCAGCCGCGCCUCGACUAUCGCAGCAUGGUCUCCGUGGAUGACAUGCCUGACCUUUUCGCCUCAUUCGACAAGCUAAUACCCAGACCGGCGCGUCCCAGCGACGAUCCCCCGCUGUACCUGCGGCUCCGCAUGGGCAAGCCGGCCGGCCGCCCGCUGCCGCGCACCACGCCGCUCAUGUCGUACGGACGGAAACGGAUGAAGCCGGAAUACUGGUUCGGAAUCCCACGCAAUCGCGUCGACGACCUAUUCAAGUUCCUAACUCACUGGGUACCGGACCGGUACGGGCCCCUCGGUGACGUCACCGCUCAGGGCUACGAGCUCAUCGAUAGCGACACCGAGUGGGACGACGACGACCCCAAGCCUGGCAAUAAGGACGAUCGCGCCAGCAGCAACGACGACGUGUCUGACAUCACGCGCGAGUCAUGGGAGCUCCUGAAGGCGCCAUACGUGAAAAUAUAUUCUAUAAUGAAGAGCCAGGCUGAGGCACUGGGCGACUCGCUCGGCGAGGAACCCCAGCAGGAGGUAUUGUCGAUGAGCGAUGAGCUCCGACGCGCGCUUUACUCGUCGGGGGCCUCCGUCGACAUGGAGUUCUUGCCGCCCGACCUCAUUGGCGCCACGGAAAUAUUCACCAUGGAACACAGGGAGAAGUUGUGCAGCGUGCUACCGGCUCGCGCUCAGGGGUACAUGUGGUCGCUCGCGUUCAGCACCAGCCAGCACGGGUUCUCGCUCGCGUCCAUGUACCGCAAGAUGCAGCGCGUCGACAGCCCCGUGCUCCUCGUCAUACAGGAUACCGAUAACAACGUGUUUGGGGCCAUGACGUCGUGUGCUCUACAUCCGUCUGAACAUUUCUACGGUACUGGCGAAUCGUUCCUCUAUUCGUUUCAAAGGAUUGAGGAAGACACGAGCCCGGGGGCUCACGGCCCGGUCCACGCCGACGACGCGAACAAAGAAACAGAUUCAGAUAAUCAAAGCGACGCCAAAAAGGAAGACAACGAACAAUCGCAAACGGUCAAAACUAAAUUCAAGUACUGGGGAUGGACGGGAGACAACAUGUAUUUCAUUCGUGGGAGCAACGACAAUAUAUCGAUCGGCGCUGGCGAUGGAAAAUUCGGUCUGUGGCUGGACGGAGACCUGUACUUGGGGCGCACGCAACGGUGCAAGACGUACGGUAACGAGCCGCUGACGACGCGAGAGGACUUCAUCGUGAAGAUCAUGGAGUGCUGGACCUUCAUCUGAGCGGCGCCGAGCCAGCCUCCGCCCGCGCCACCCCCGCGCAUCUAAUCUCGACACGAAACAAGCUUUACAUUAUCUUAUGAACUUUGCUACGAAAAUUUGACACUUUUACAAAUCUGUCUAUACGACGUUUCGAUGCAGUUGAGUCAGAAUUUUUGUAGUGACUACGCGUCCCUAGUCAAGCGUACUGAGCCCUGACCAAUGUUUACGUGCUCGUCGAGUAUCGAUGCGUGUCCGGAUACAAGCGCCGCACUGCGCAGGCGCGUUAAUCCUAGUCAAUUGUCGUUGAGUAAGUUGGAGAAGCGGCGCGCGCUCCCCCGCGGUCCGGUGAUCUUUACGUGUCAAUUCAAUUAAAUAUUGUGCAUUGUUGUUAAGUAACGUAAAUAAAACGUAUUUGUAACAAACAAACAAACAAAAAAAAAAGAUUAUUGUAUGUUAUGUAGAAUUUUAUGCAUACAUAUAUGUAUUUAGUUAACGUUUACCGUUUAGUAGUUAUCGGUGUGUCAGUAUUGAAGGUGAACGUAAUCCCGAUGAUUUUAGUUCGUUGCUGUGUAUUUUCGUAAGAGGCUACUCUACUGGUGUCGGAGAAUUUGCAAUGUUUCAAGCUAUUCUUGCCGAGCAGACGGGGGCCGAAUGACUCAUACCAAACUAUGAUUAUCAUUACUCGAUUUCGUCGUAGAUGUAACAUUAUUUAAUUUAUAUGUAGUAGAAAUAAAAUGUAUUAUGUUAUCGUGCCUGAAUGUACUGAGUCAUAAUAUUAAGUUAGUUUGCAAUUAACUAUUGUGUUAUAUGUACUGUGAUUUGAAUAAUUGAAUUCAUUUAAUGCCACCUUAUAGUUGAUUUAUAUCUGCAAUACGAUUAUGUUUUUUUUUUUUAAUAUUUCGAUUAUAAUUUUAGACGAUAUAUAAAUUUAAAGUUUUCAAAUGUAAUUUAUCGAGGCAGAAAUAUAGAUUGAUUUCGAUGUGGCGCUUCAAUUUUGAAAUAAGUAGCCGAUAAUAUUAUAUAAAAUGAUUAGUAAUGAAGUUUAAAAUAGUUACUCUUAGAAAGCUUUAUAAAUGUAAUCGUCAUUGUGCUUAGUAAUCGUUAGCAUGAUGUUUAUUACUCAGAUUAAUCUGAUAUUCAACAAUAUUAUUUUAUUGACGUAAAAUGUAUCUUAAGGCACUGCGAGCUACGCGCCUCCACUUAGAUACGAACAGCAAGUCGCUUUAAAUUAGUACCUAUUCAUGUGUCAAUAAAGACCUCGCAAGAUUAUAACUUUCCAAACUACAAUGUCUGAUCCAAGGUGCAGGUCUCUCAGCGGUGUUGUCAGAUGUUGCAAACAUUCAUGUAUACAUCAGGAACGUCAUAGAUAAAAUUAGAUUUAAAUAAUUUAUCGGCAUAAUUAUUGUUAUGAAAUUUAUAAUUAGACUUGUUGAGUAGCAGCGAAAAUUUUAUUUAUUCCAUUACAUAUUAUGGUUUCCCUAAUGCGGUCUCUGUAGACAUUACUUUCUUGGUGAUUUAUUGUGUAAUUCUAAGUUGUUUAAAAUAUAAAUCAAGCCAUAAUAAUUAAAACUAUAUUCUUUUGAAAAAUAA